AGAAGGUUAUCGAGAUGCCACAUUUUGUGGCUGGAUGAGCGAUCCAAAUCUCUAUCUUCCAAAUCUUGUGAAGAUAGAGCUGAUGGGCAUGCCAAGGUGCGCACGCCUCCCUUCACUAGGACAGUUAGCAAACCUUGAAGAACUGCACAUUUCAGAUAUGCCUAAUAUUCGAGAAGUGGAUACUAGUUUUUAUGGAGGCAGGGACCCAUUCAGGAAAUUAAGGGAACUUUGUAUUAAUAAGAUGGAGAAUUUGGAGGUGUUGUCCACGAACUUGGAGCUAUCUGCUGGAGAGAUGUCUUGGGAUGAUGAUGAACAGAAGGUGCAAGGAGAUGAAAUAUUUCCACGCCUUGCACACCUCGUUGUUACGGGAUGCCCUAGGUUGACCCUCGGUUCAGCUUUUCAAGGAUACAUAGGGCGUAUAGUUGCAUCAUGCAGUGAGGUAGAACUAUCACCCGGGAUACUCGUUGGAUCUUCACACCUUUUUAGACUUGAAGUGGAAUCAAAUAUCUUUGGCUUCUCUGACGCUUCAGAAUUUCUCCAAUACAGCACCGACUUGAGGAAUUUAACUAUUAAAUCUGACAGUGAUCUGAUCACCUUGCCGGAGAUCAUCCGGAGCUGCCACUCCCUUAGGAGCUUGCAGAUAUUGGACAGUUGUAAUUUUGCGGCACUUCCAGAUUGGUUGGGGGAUCUGGCGUCUCUGGAGGAGCUAGAAGUUCAUUCUGCCAAACUGCAGCGUUUGCCUCACUCCAUCAAGAAUGUAACCUCCUUGAGGACAUUAACCCUUAAGAAGUGCAAUUACAAACUGCGUGAAUGCUGCAGCCGUUUAGGAGAGGACUACGACAAGAUUAAACACAUCAAACAUGUAGAUGCACAUGAGGGCACUAGUUUCGCCAUCGAUUCAUCAAACGACAUGGCUAUUCUGCAAAAGACUACAAGUCACCAGCUUAUUGAACUUAAUAUUGAACAUCUCGAAUAUCUAUCAAGCUCAGAAGCAAACAUAAUUGAAUUGGCGCAAAAAGAGGAGCUCCAAUUUUUAAGUUUGGAGUGGAGUGAGCUUAGUUUGGAGUGGUUCAAUCCAGUGUUCAACAAGGUCGCGUUAGAAGAGCUCCAGCCUCAUCAAAACCUUAAAAGGCUUUGCAUAAAGAACUAUGUUGGUGGUGAUUUUCCUAACUGGUUACGUUUGCUACCAAAUCUUGUAAGAUUGGAGCUUUUCAAUGUUCAAUCUGGUCACCUCCAUCUAGAUUAUUUACAAUCUCUUGAAGCCUUGUAUAUCUCGUCUGUCUCGGUGUUUGAGGUCAUGAAGGCUAGGGCAGAUGUACUGGACCUAUAUGCCAAAUCAUCAAUAUGCAUCUUGAGCACACAGCCAGUGAAAAAUCUCAGAAGAGUUACAAUAGUAAGAGUAGGGAAGUUACUGUGGGAAACAUCGACGUCGCAUUGUAUUGAGCAGAAGGAUGAUAAGAACAUAUUUCAAAGAGAGCAGGAAGGAAGACACAGUGAUACUGGCAGGGAAUCCUCCUACCAGCGCACAUUAUUUCCUAGACUUCAAUAUUUAGAGAUAGACUGUUGUUUGAAUGUAAGAUUCGAACCAUCAAUCCCUUGGAGUGCCAGGUAUAUCAUAUCUGGAAUUAAACAAUAUCCAUUCUUAUUCAAUUGGCCAUCAUUCUACCAAGUCAUGGGGCUAUCAACAUCUGCUUUAUCAUCCAAAAUGGAAAUCAAGUACAUCGAAAAUAUAUCUUCUGACUCCGAUUCUCUUCAACUGCUUGACAUUGAAGAAUUAACUGUUGACAGUUGCAUCGAUCCUGUACCUUUGCCACAGUGCAUUCUAGGCUGGAAAUCCCUCAGGAAGCUAGAGAUAUUGAACUGUAGGGGCAUCGAUGGACUGCCAGAUUGGUUGGGAGAUAUGGCCUCUCUCCGUGAGCUCAAAGUAGAGACCUACUGGAUGAAAACUUUGCCUCCGUGCAUUGAGAGGCUGACCUCUUUGCAUACCUUGACACUAUCACAAUGCACAAAGAGGCUUAAGCAAAGAUGUAGCGAGUCAGGAGAUGAUUGGAGCAAGAUAAAGCACAUUGAGAAUGUGCAAGUAGAGUUGAGACCAUGAAGAGUGUUGGAAACUUGGAAUGCAGUGUUCUAAGAUGGCUGUGGAUCGGAGGCAGUUUAACACACCAACCUGGGCACCUGGAGGACACCACACUGCUUAUGUGACAUACAAUCUCCACUGAUGCAUCCACAUUGGAGAUGAUCCCCCCCCUGGUGCUCUUGUGGUGCUCAGACCUUUUAUUGUUUGAUCUUGUUUGAUUUUGACUGUUGAGACUCUGGAUUUUGUUUCUGGUGCUCCCAUUUCUUUAAUCCACUACCAUCAUUGUAAGCUGUUACCGUA